AUGGCCAUCGGCGGUAUUGAAUAUGAUUUUACCGAGACACCGUCGCCUCAGACCAGACCUACGACAGAUAUCGACGCCAAACACUCAUCGCAUACUUUUGGGUAUAAGCAGCGACUACUUCGCCGCCCCGUGAUUGAACCAUCGCUAUCGACCCUGAGUUGGGUACCAGGCCAGCCUAACCUGGACUGGUCUCUUCUGAAGUUACAAGAUAGCGGGAACCAGAACCUGUGCGAAGUCUGCACCGUCUCACUAACCCAUGGUCGAGGACUUGGGAUCGGUGAUUCCGGGUCUCUAGUGAUAGACGAGGAAACACAGGAGGCGUACGGCCAUGUUAUCGCGGUCGAUCCCAUGGGUAGAAUAUUCGUCAUCCCGCUUGUCGAUACCCUGGGCCAAAUCCGAAGUUUGUUUGGGACUAUGGACGUGGAUAUUUUCUCGAAGGACUGGUCUAUGCUUCCCGACCGGCUUCUCACGCCCCCCAACCCAUAUGAUUCAACGCGCUGGUACAAACUUGGGUUUUGA